CUGUGUUUGUAUGGGGGACAGAAGCCUGAGUUCUAAUGUUUGGAAGGUAAGAACAACGAGGAUGAAAGUGUGUGAGAUGUGUUUCUUGAGGAAAAAAUGACCGAAAAACCUCCACGUCGAAGGCAGAAAUUGCACUUGAUUGUCGAGAAACUCACAGAAAGAGUCGGGCCCCAGGUUUCAUGUUCUCAGAUCAGUGAUGGCCACAGCAAACGACGAGAUGUGAAACAUGCUUGCCUGACUCCUACAAGUGCAUCACCUAGCAUCACUGAUGAACUUAGAGCUGGAGGUGAUGAAAAUGAUAUUCCCCAAGUAGUCGUCAGACUUCCUUUUACUGAGAAGAAUGCAAGAUUAUCAUUGCCUGAUUACCAAUUAUCACCCCUUGCCAAACUGUACGUGAGUGGGAUAAAAGAAACCUCUUAUACGGAACAGAAUGAUCAAGAGACGGACACUGCUAGUGAGGGGGAAGAAGAUUCUUCAGAGGAAAUAAUGAUCAAUGUUGAGGAUACUGAUAGUGCUCCUGAAUGUGAGAUCGAAAAGGGAAAGCAACAUUCCAAGAAGUUAAGGUGUGAUGUACCACAAUUACCAAAGAUUCACAGGACAGUUCCGUGUAAGUUUUGUGACAAGAAGUUCUAUUGGCAAGUCCACCUGCGCUUCCAUGUAGAGAGGAAACAUGCUGAUAAAGAAACUGCUGGCAAGUCACUUAAUGUCAAUGACGAGUCUGAUAGUCAAGAUCUGCAGGUAGACGACAUACCACAGCUUGAAAGGAAUUCAGACUCUGAACAAAUGGUUAACAACAAUCACGCUGAUGAUACGAAUUCAAACUCUGAAGAAAAAUUUGAACAAAUAGUAAACAACACGCCAGACAAUGAAAGCAAAUCAAACUCUGGACAAACCUCUGAACAAUUGACAAACAACACGGUCACCGAAGGUAGGUAUGAAGACUCUAGACAAAACUCCGAAGAAUGUGUGAACAGAAGUAUCUAUAAAGAUAAGGAUUUAAAUUCUGAUAACUCUGAACGAUCAAUUGACAACAGACUACCUGAAGAAAGGAAGUCAAAAUCUGAACAAAAGUCUGAACAAUUGACUAACAACAGGAUUUGUGAAGUUAACAGUUCAGACUCGGAAAAAUUGGUUUGCAGCAGGCUUCUUGAAGAUAGUGAUUCACCCCCUGAGCAGUUAAACAACCUUGGACCACAGAAUAACCAGAAUACAAAUAGAGAGAAUGAAGUUCUUAAUGGAAAUGGUAGUAAUGGUGGAAAUGGUGGUGAUGGUGAUGAAACUCAAACCACAGAUACUAGUUUGGAUAGUCAACAAGUUACGGACGAUGCACAGAAGGCCAUGAAUGAACUGCUGAAUUACUGUGAUCAUUGUAAUAGAACUUUUUAUAUCAGAGAACUUCUGAGGCAACAUAUUAAGACUGUGGUAAAAAAUCUUGAAGGCAAAAUAAGGAUUAUUCAAGAAUUAACAGAGCCACAAACCCGCGAGUUUAGAUGCAAAGAAUGUGGCGAAUUGUUUCCUAAGGAAGACAAGCUUAAUGCUCAUGUGUUAAAGCAUCCCAACUACAAAGCGUUUGAAUGCCAUAUUUGUCACUCCUGCUAUGAAACCCUUGCCUGUCUAAGGAGGCAUGCAACAGUUCACACUACUAAGCAGCGGAAAGGCAGAUAUGCUUGCGCAUAUUGUGGGAAGAUCAUGGCCAAACCAAGCGCGUUAAAGGAGCACGAGGCACUGCAUAGCGGGCCCAGGCCCCACAGAUGCCGCUCGUGCAAAAGAGGUUUUACUACCGCGGAGAAACUCGAGGAACAUGAGCUCUUCCACCUUGGUCUGAAAGAGUACAAGUGCACCUUGUGUGACAAGGGCUUCCCAAACCUCUCUGCUCUUAAGGGCCAUAAGUUGUAUGUGCAUGGGGAGAAGCGAUUUAAAUGUGAGGUUUGUGACAAGUCCUUCAAGCGAGAAGACCAUUUGAGGGUUCAUAGUCGCAUUCAUUCUGAAGACAAGCCGUUCAAGUGCGACACAUGUGGGAAACAAUUCAACCAGAAGGUCUGCCUGACACUCCACCUACCCUGCAGAGAGGAGGAGAGACGCCAGAAACGAGAAGAAGCGCGUAAGAGACGAGAGGAGAAACUAGCGAAGAAGGGCCCUACAACAAGUACUUCAAGCAGCAGAAAAAGGAGGAGAAAGUUCAAUAGGAACGGUAGAAGCGCCGCCAUCAAAGCUGCGGCUUCCAAGCUUUCAGAGAACGAAGACGAAACUACUAAAGGUUCUCAGAAUGAGGUGGAAUUAAGUGACGCUAAAGAUGUAAUCAGAACUCCAGAGCAUGGGAAGAUAAAGAAAUCAGAGUGUUCAGAGGAAAAUCAAACAACAGAAGUCAUAGCAGAUAGGACAAGAAAAAAAGCUAUAGACAAGUCAAUAGAUUCGACGGUGACUGAACAAACAUCAAAUGGAGGUGACUUGGGAAAUCAAGAGACGAAACAAAAUCAGGUUAGCAGAAAUACAAGGAAAAGACCAAAACGAGGAAGCCAGCUCACUCCCACCAGGACGCCGAAGAGAGCAAAACAAAACUUGGAAAAACAAUCCGCAAGAGAGCUUGACAAUCAGUCAGAGGACAAAGAAGACGUCCCUGAGGAACCCUGCAAAGGAGCUUCAGACAUUCGUGGAAGCAGUGUGGAGAACAAAGGGAUAGUGGAAGGGCCCGGUAAGGAAUCAUAUGGUACAGCCGUUAUGCGGCAGAUUGGUGAAGGAGCCUCAGCUGCAAUCCAUGGAAUUAGGAUAGCAAGGGUUUCUUGCAAGGAAGCGCAACUCGAAUCUGUAGCUGUUGACCAGAUAGGCAUAUCUAACAGAUCUCAACUACACACCAAUGGGGCAAAUAAGCGGAGCAGUGUCCAUGUACUUAAUAGGGAUAAUGGUAUUACACAGGCUUCCAGCAAUAUUACGGGUAGCAAGGGUUAUGUUUCAAGUGGUUCUAUAUUACCACUGAGGUCUCCAGUUUGCAAGGAAUGGCGUGGAGCCACUACUACGAACAACUAUCUUAAAAGCAGCUAUCCUGAUCAAGGGUCGUACGACCCUAAUGCACAAGGGCCCUUACCUGUAGGGGUUCAUCCAUCUAACAGCUAUGGUGCACAAGGCUUGUUCCACACUAAUGGCCAAGGGCUCUUAUCCACAAGGGCUCAUCUAACUUGUACCAGCAGCUAUGCGACCCAAGGCGCAUUCAAUCCUUGUGCGCAAGGGUCCUUAUCAAUUGGGCCCCAUACAGGUAGUUCCAGCGGCCACUCUGAGCAAAAAGGUGCUCAUCCGCCUAGAAGCAUCAGCUAUUCUGUUCAGGGAUCGUACAACCCAUGCGUGCAAGGACCUAACUUGCCCAGUAACUAUAGGUACCCCACACAUAGUUCAUAUGCGUCUUACGCACAUGAAAAUCACUCAUCCAGUAGCAUGCUCCAGGAGAUGCCAAACCAUGGUCCCUGUUUGUUUCCCUCUAGGGACUCUAACACUCAGUACAGUUGGUCUCAAGGGAGAUCGGGAAGAAACCUAAGUAAUUCAGGAUUUGCAAGCACCAUGUCUAGUGGCGACAAUAGAAACCAUAUGAUUGACAGGCAGUAUGUAGGAGAAUAUCCAAAUGAUAUAAGUAGUGCCAUAAUAUCUGCAAUUAACUCAGAUAGUACAGAUUUUGUAGACCAGGCAAACAUGUUUUACUCAAAUAGGUAAUGGAGUGUUAUAAUCGAUAGUAACAGACUUCCUCUAGUUAAACAGAUUGGAGUCUAAACAAUUGUUUAGCUUAGCAAACAAUAGCCUAAUUUUCAGCUGUGUACAAUAGUCCUUUGCACCCUUUGAGCUCCACCACACCUUUUGAGCUCUCUCUCGUAUGCAUUUGAAAAUAAGGCUAAGCAAACAGUUACUGUAAAGUAUGUUUAAUAAUUACACUAUAUUAUAAUUAUUUUUUUUCCUUCCCAAGGCUGUGUGCCUCUGGCAUUACUUCUCAUACUUCCAGUCUUCAUUGAUUUUGACACGGCAUCCAUGGAUGGACGUUAUUGUUAUUUAUUUUUUUAAAUACAAUAGAUCUUGCAUAAUUAGAAUAAAUUAUAGUAAAUUAUAAGAAGGGAUUUCCAAAUCAGACAAGUAUAUACCUAUUCCAAAUAUGGUUGCACUUGGAGAACGUGUGUUUUGUCUUGCAUUUACCCAUGAACUAUGUGGGACUGUGGGUUACGAUUCAUCAAUUUCGUGUGAAACGUUAUUUGAAAUAUGUGUAUAAAGGUUUAUAAGAGUUGUGCUGUAUUCUUGUUAAGAUAUCUGCUCUUAUGUCUUUAAAAAUGAAUUAAAAUAUUCAUAUUCUUUGGA